GCCGUCCGCAGCCUGUACUGCAUGAGAUCUUGCUUAUGUGCUGAAGUGGAAAGUAAUGACACCGACCAUUAAUGCCUUGUUAGGGUUAGUUACGUGUUGUAUGAUAAGAUAACCUACCCGGAUCGACUACUAAUGUCAGGUUUAACGCGGUGCUCCUUGAUUAUGAUUGUUCACGGUCUACUCGGCUUGUUUCUUAUGUUCUUACAAGGGUUUACCCGACCAGAAAGCCAGGUUUUCUUCUCUUCCUCAAAAGAUAGUCGUCCCCGCGUACAUCCAUCUAACCACUAGCACAGAUAUUUUCACUGACAUUCGCAAGAGCUUUUCGUCCUAGCAGACGUCCAUGAUGAGGCAACCGAUAGCCUACAUAGUAGAGUAUAUUUCAAAUCUCGCCUUAGAACAGCCUCAGA